CCAAAUUAAUAUAGACAAAGAAAAUAAAAUGGCAUUGAGGAAAUGAAAAUAUAAUUUAAUUGAGAAAACGAAUGAAAGUUAUUAUUAUUUUUCUGAAUUUACCCUUUUUGGGUGAUUUUUAUAUGCGGAAGAUCAAAUGACGUUGUCGUUUCUUUUGUAGAAGGAAAUUCUUCAAUUGGCAAUUGAUUUGAAGGCGCUGUCGUCAUUCAUGUCAGUCGUGCAAGUGCUCAAGGCAGCAAUUCAAUUCAGCUUGCCCUCCACAUCUCAUCCCCUUAGCGGAAGAAUUGAGGAGCAACUGUACAAGUUGAAGACUUCUCAUUCCUCAUCAAUAGCCCUGAAAUUGGCUUGCCUUAAUGAGUUAUAUGAGUGUGUUGGUGAUUUUCUUCAGCUGCCUCACACACAACAAACUCUCUCUCGUGAGCACCAAAAACAAUAUGUAGAGGAAGCACUGAAUGAAUCUUUGGGGCUGUUGGAUAUCUGCAGCGUGACAAGAGAUUUUUUGUUGCAAAUGAGAGAACGUGUGCAAGGACUUGAAUCAUCUGUUCGAAGAACUAGAGGAGGAGAAUCUUGUUUGAAUGAAAUUGAUACAUACAUGGUAUCUAGAAAAAAAUUGACUAAAGUGAUUUGCAAGUACCUAAGAAAUUUGAAGAGAAGUGAGAAGAAUUGCAGAAAAACAACCUUGGCUGAUUAUUCUGAUUCGGUGAUUACAACGCUCAAAGGUGCUGAGGAAAUUAGUCUAACUGUGUUUGAGUCCAUCUUAUAUUUCACCAUGCAGUCAAAGGCAAAAUCAAAGCCCUCUGGCUGGUCCAUUGUCACAAAAUUAUUGCAAUCCAAGCAUUUAUCAUGUAAAGAUGAAGUCGAAGCCAAUGAAAUGGAGAUGAUGGACGCUGAAUUGCUUGUCUUGAAGUCAAGCAAAAACAUCAAUCAGCUGCAAAAUGUCUUGAAAGGAUUGGAGGCUAUGGAGUCCAAUCUUCAAGAAGCAGGGGAAGAGUUAGAGUGUGUCUAUAGAAAAUUGGUGAAAACCAGAGUUUCCCUUCUCAACAUUCUGAAUCAUUAGUGUUGUUGCUUCAAACAACCUUUAACAAAAUUUUGUAUCAUUCAAUUUUGUACCUUACUGUAUAUAUCAUACAAAGAUAAGUAAAUCCAUUUUAAUACUAAUACACGUCU